GUGACUGUGGAUAUUUUUUUUUCUGUUAACAGAGAAAACACCUGGAUGGGACAUUUGGAGAACAGCUGUGAUCUGGGAGGUUGAUUUUUCUCAAUAUGACGUCUCUAAUAUGGCUGACACUGUUGUUCACAGCCCAUCUGGCUGAAUGUGUGCCAGAGAAACCGAAGAGAUCGGCUCUGAACCAGCUGACCAGGACCCUCCUGAGGAAAUACGACUGCGGGGUUCGACCUGUUCACAACUGGACCAGUACCACCACUGUCUACAUAGACCUUAUACUGCAGUCCGUCCUCGAUGUGGAUGGAAAGACUCAGAGCGUUACUACAAGUAUCUGGUACAGACAGAUCUGGAGAGACGAGUUUCUCGUUUGGGACCCAGAGGAGUUUGAUGGUAUCAAUGAGAUCUCGCUGUCAUCUGACGCCAUCUGGAUACCCGAUGUUAUCGUUAGCGAAUUCGUGGACGAAGGGAAGGCCCCUCCAAUCCCCUACGUGUACGUCAACUCCUCUGGCUCAGUGAAGAACUACCGGCCCAUACAGGCGGUGCUGGCUUGUAGCCUGGAGAUGUACGCCUUUCCGUUUGACAAGCAGAACUGCAGCCUCACCUUCCGCAGUUGGCUUCACUCGGUGAAAGAAAUAGACCUGGCUCUGUGGAGGAGCGCCGAGGCCAUCGCUAAUGACAAAAGGGAGUUCAUGAACGACGGCGAAUGGGAGCUGCUGUCCAUUCCUUCACUUUACCGGCAGAUCCGGCAGGGCGACACCGACUACGCUCACAUCCAGUUCAAUGUGUUGAUCCGCCGGCGCCCCCUGCUGUACGUGGUGGGACUCCUCAUCCCCAGCAUCUUCCUCAUGUUGGUGGACGUGAUCAGCUUCUACCUGCCCCUGAACAGCGGCACGCGCAUCACCUUUAAGAUCAGCAUACUGCUCGGAUACACAGUCUUUAGAGUCAACCUGACGGAUGAACUGCCCGCCACUGCCGUCAGGACUCCGCUCAUCGGUGUGUUCUUUGCUGUGUGCAUGGCCCUGCUGAUGCUCAGCCUCACCAAGUCCAUACUGGUGGUUAAGCUGCUUCACCACAGCGAGAAGGAGGUCAAGCAAAUGUCAGUGUCCGCCUGCCUGCUGGACAAGUACGGCUCAGCCGGUCACGGCUUCACUGAGAGCGCUUUGACCUCCAUCAAAACCCUCGACCACAUCAACGCAUCAGGGGAUUAUGAGCUCGAGAACUCACUGGACGAAGACCUGCUGUCCCUGAACGAGAUCCAGGAGCCUCCGUCCAGACUGGAGUGGCUCCUCCAGGAGCUGGUGUCCCUUCGCGUGGCUUUCUCCCAGGAGGACAGCGAAUCUGCUGCUCAGGCCGACUGGCUGUCCCUCUGCUGCAAGCUGGACCGCUACCUGUUCCGCCUCUACCUGCUGGUCCUGGUCCUGUAUGCCGGUACCCUGCUGCUGCUCUGGGCCAGCUGGAGCUUUGCCUGAAUACUGUUUGCCGUUUACGUUGGUCACUGUAUUUAAAGUAUGUAUGGAGUACUUGUACUGUGUUGUAAAAGCCUUUGUGUUUGUCUUCUACAUUAAAUGAUUAUUAUAAAUGAUGACUAGUGGUGUGCAGAUCAAUACUGAAAUAUCGAUACUUUUGAUAAUAGGUGUUUAUGCUGUAAAAUUGAUUUUCAAAUAAAAAUAUCGAUACUUUUGUUACUUCGAGGUAAUGUAGGAACACAGUGGAAAGUAAUUAAACUACAGAGUUGUGGCAACACAACA